AUUUGAAAUUUGCGGAAACUUCCUGUAAAACCAAGACGCAAAAAUGUUUGCCAGUAUGUUUGACGAGGUGGCGCGUAUGAACAAGCGCCAGUUCCUCUACCAAGUACUGAGUUUCGGAAUGAUAGUUUCGUCGGCGCUUAUGAUAUGGAAAGGUCUAAUGGUUGUUACAGGCAGUGAAAGUCCUAUAGUAGUCGUACUAAGUGGGAGCAUGGAACCUGCAUUUCAUCGUGGCGACCUUCUGUUCCUGACCAAUUAUCAAGACGAACCUGUCCGUGUUGGCGAGAUCGUCGUGUUCAAGGUCGAGGGCCGUGACAUUCCAAUUGUUCAUCGUGUACUUAUUUUGCAUGAGAAAGAGAAUGGGACUGUAAAGUUUCUGACAAAAGGUGAUAACAAUAAUGUGAAUGACCGAGGGUUGUACGCCCGUGGGCAGAUGUGGCUGACCAAGAAGGACGUCGUCGGGCGGGCCCGUGGAUUCCUUCCGUAUGUCGGCAUGGUCACAAUAUACAUGAACGAAUACCCUAAAUUCAAGAUAGCUGUGCUGGCGUGUCUCGGACUGUAUGUGCCGGUACAUCGAGAAUAGUAGAGGGGU